AAUGAAAGUGAUAACAGUAAAGAAAAUGAUAAUGAAAUUGAAAAUAAGGAAGAUAGUAAUAAUUCAGAUUUUACUGAAUCUGAAGAUAAUGAAAAUAAUUUAAAAUUAGAAUCUAAAAACAAUAGUGAUGAUAAUGAAAAUAGUAAUAAUUCAGACUCUAUUGAAUUUGAAGAUAAUAAAAGUAAUUCAGAAUUUGAAUCUAAAAAUAAUAACAAUAAUGAUGAAGAUAUUUUAGAUGAAAUUCUUGUAAUGUUAAGAGAUUCAUUAAUUAAAAUUGAAUUUAAUAUUAAUACUUUAAGUACUAAACAACAAGUCUAA